AUGGCAAGUUUCCUCACUCCAGAGUAUUCUGACGAGUUGCUACGUUUUGUCACGGAAGUGUACACACAGGAUAUAGCACACUACUUUCCAAAGCUAAGACUGGAAAAGCUGAUUAACUUGUUGGAACAUGCUGAAUAUCUGUUCGAAUCAUAUCGAAAGUCCUUAGCCACUAAUCAGCAAGACGACCUGUUGACUGCAUACGUCGCGGGCUGCUUUUACAUCUACCUGAUCAUACCGCGAUCGAUUCAGUUCAAUUCACGGGACAAAUCAUAUGCCAUUUAUGUGGACCUUAAAAAGUACUACCAAGAUGAGACCCAUAUGACAAACGUUUUGUUGAUGGUUACGAGCGUGAUAGACACGAUGAGCAAAGAUGAGAAGGAAGUUAAUCGAAUAGAUCGCAAACGAGCAUAUUCGGUUCCUCGCAUAACCACAGCAGAAAGAUUGAGACAAAUUGCACUUUCUGAAGAACCCGCGAUCCCCACUAAUGACCCAGACCCCGAAAAUGACUCUACAAUGUGGACAGCUCCGGAUCUCGAACCAAAUGAUCAUCUGAAAGUCAACCUGGGUUCCUUAAGCUCUUCUGCGUCCCUCAGGGCGGACAACAUUUUUAGUAAGGCCCCAUCUUCUUCAUCGGACGACUUCGAGCCUCCUGUGCUGGCUACUAGCCCCGAAAUGAGAACUCGGAGAGAAUCUGCUCCUCUGAAACCAGCUUUAGCCGAAGAGAUGGACGAAAGUAUCAGCGAAGGGAUCCAUUCCCAAGGCGUGGAUCGCUAUAAAACCCACAGAAAGGAUUCAUACCACUCAGUGCAUAUGGUUGGCGAUGAUUAUGACAGCUUUUCUUACAACCUUGCGAGGCUGCAAAAACAAGCUGUCAUAAGCUGUGACCAAUUAUUCGAUGUUCUUUCAAGCAGCGACAAAAAUGAUCUUUUGUUGGUGGAUUUGAGACUUGCGAGGAGAUUUCGGUCCAAUCAUAUUCUUGCUCCAAACUUGGUCAAUAUAGAUCCUAGGGAUCUUGGGAGUACGGACGGUAACAUCGCAAUAGAAAACAGCAACCAGGUUCAACCUCUUGUUGGCAAAACGUUAUAUCAGAAACGGUCUGAAUACAAGCGCAUCGUAUACUACACCGAUAUGAAAACCUUCAUGCGGCUGGAUUUUGAUUAUCAAUUGGUAUUUUUCCAGCUAAUAUACCACUCAGGUAAGUCACUGCAGUGUGUUCCUGAGGUCCUACUAGGCGGAUACGAGCAGUGGAAACGGUUUGUGACAAAAAUAUCGCAAACUCGUCCGAUAUGCAAAGAAGACUUUCUAUUCCAUACUUUGGGUAGCGAUGCUCUCCAAAAACCCGAUAAGACGCAUGAGAGCGAGCCUCCGAGUUUCGCUCCCCCAUCGAUACCUCCGCCACCCGUACCGCUGGAGCCUUACGACCGCCCACCGUUUCCACUUCCAGCAAAAGAGCCUCUUCAUAGGGAACCAUAUGCGACGAGACCACGCACAGAAAUCCGAAGGCCACAAGCUUCGAUGCUUGUCGACCAGCAUCAUCCGCAUCAGCAUCAGCAUCAGCAUCACCAGCAUCACCAGCAUCAGUUUCAGCAUCGCCACCACCAUCACCACCCCAAUACCGCUAACGAUCUCUCCUCCUCUAUUCCCACGAUUGAAGGAAGCAAGAAUGAGUAUGUUGCCCUAUCAAUCACCGGGCUUCGAAAUUGUGGAAAUACUUGCUACAUUAACAGCAUGCUACAGUGUCUUUUUGCAACUAAGCCUUUUAGAGACUUAUUUUUAUCCAGUGGGUACGAGAAAUAUUUCUCCUCAAAGUACCAAAAUCCUAAUCAAUUGUCGAAAUACUUCCAUCUUCUGUUCAAGAAAAUGUAUUUGAAUGGUGGAUGCUCUGUCGUUCCCUCUGGGUUUCUCAAGGCUUGCAAUUCACUACGGCCGGACUUCAAGAUCCCUCACGAUCAACAAGAUACUCAAGAAUUCUUGCUUUUUUUACUGAGCCAGCUUCAUGAUGAACUGUCUGAAUCUAACUAUGUUGCCAAUGACUUCCCUGAGCUUUUGCUCCAUGAUGACGGUAAAUUGCAAGUAGAUAGGAGCGAAUACGACAAUUGGUUCGAGAAACAUCUCUCGGCCAACGGAAUAUCUCCCAUCGAUAGUAUAUUUCAGGGUCAAAUUGAGAAUGGCCUGUUGUGUCAACGCUGUGGUCACACUUCAUACAAUUACUCGGUGUUCUAUGUUUUGUCAUUGCCCAUCCCAGGAAAAUCGUCAACGUUUGGUCAAAAGAAAAAGAUUAGAUUGGAAGACUGUAUCAACCUUUAUACUAGCGAUGAGCAGUUGACAAACGAAAAUGCAUGGGAUUGCCCUAAUUGCGGAAGUUCUGUGACUGGUCAAGGCCCUGAUGAUGACCGGAGGAAAAAGAAGUUUUUAUUGUCUCCCGACAAUAAUAGCACAAGCCGUAGUGGUUUCUUCAAAUUGCGCACCAAGUCGAGAAGCCGAUCGAUGUCACCUUUCAGGAAGCAAAGCACCACAACAGCGUCUAAUCCCAAGGAGUGGAAGCAAAAGAAGCUCUCGUCAAUUAAAACGCUCAAUUUCAUUUCUUUGCCCUUUGUGCUUACAAUUCAUUUGUCGAGGUUUUAUUAUGACCUGACGAAGAAGAACGACAAAGUAAUCACAUAUCCUUUGAGACUUGGUAUUGUAUUAAAGAACAAUGAAGUGGUCAAUUACAGACUUUUCGCCAUUGCUAAUCAUUUUGGUAAUUUGAUUAGUGGACAUUACACAUCACUGGUCAACAAGGACUUGACACACGAACUGAACAAUGGCAAUCAAAAAUGGUAUUACUUUGAUGACGAAGUUGUAAAAAAAGACACAAACCACGGAGAUAUCGAUGCAGGCAUUACAAGUGUCUCCAGUAGCGAUGUUUACGUCUUGUUUUACGAGAAAAUAAAGGAAUGA